AUGGCCCUCUAUCAGAUUAAAGUGAAAAGCGGACUAUCAGAGAACUUCUUCGAUCAGUUAUUGACGAUAGUUCAUGACAUGCUGCCGAAAGACAAUGUGCUGCCAAAGUCUAUGGAUGCAAUCAAGAAAUUCUUGAAGGUUUUUGGGUUUGGAUAUGAUAUCAUUCAUGCGUGCAAUAAUGAUUGUAUUCUCUACAGGAAACAGUUUGGUGAGAUGGAAAGCUGCCCAAGAUGUAGUGCUUCAAGAUGGGAGAUAGAUAAACAAAGUGGUGAGGAAAAGAAGGGGAUUCCAGGAAAGGUUCUUAGGUAUUUUCCGAUCAAUGACAGAUUCAGGAGGAUGUUUAGAUCCAAAAAAAUGGCUGAGGAUUUACGUUGGCAUUAUACCAAUGCCAGCGAAGAUGGUACAAUGCGACACCCUGUAGAUUCUAUAUCUUGGGCUCAUGUCAAUGAUAAAUUGCCUGAUUUUGCUGCUGAACCGAGAAACCUUCGACUCGGUCUUUCUACAGAUGGGAUGAAUCCUUUUGCUAUUCAAAAUACCAAAUACAGUGUGUGGCCAGCGUUGUUGGUGAACUACAACAUGCAUCCAACUUUGUGUAUGAAGGCUGAGAAUAUCAUGUUGACUAUGUUGAUCCCUGGUCCAAGAGCUCCGAGUAACAACAUUGAUGUUUAUCUAGCUCCUUUGAUAUAUGAUUUGAAGGAUUUGUGGAAUGAAGGUUUAGAGGUCUAUGAUUCAUAUCUGAAAGAGCAUUUCACACUUAGAGCUUUGUUAUUGUGGACUAUCAGUGACUAUCCAGCCUUAGGGACAUUGUCUGGCUGUAAAGUGAAGGGUAAGCAAGCGUGUAAUGUUUGUGGAAAGGAUACACCUGCUAGGUGGUUGAAGUUUAGUCGUCAGUAUGUAUAUAUGGGAAAUAGGAGACGACUCAGACCUGGACAUCCUUACAGACGCAGAAAAGGAUGGUUUGACAACACUGUUGAGGAAGGGACUGCGAAUAGGAUUCAAACAGGUCCUGAAAUUUUUGAGACACUUACAGAUUUCAGGAAGCAGAUAAGGAGAUUUCAGAGGAAGAGUGAAUUGCCGGUGCGACACAACAUUGAUGUUAUGCACGUAGAAAAGAACGUAUCGGAUGCUUUAUUAUCUACAUUGAUGCAGAAUGCUAAGUCAAAAGAUGGCCUGAAAGCAAGAAAAGACUUGGAAGAUAUUGGGAUUCGACAACACUUGCAUUCAGAAGUACGGGGUAAGAAAAUGUACUUGCCUCCUUCGGCUUACUGGUUGUCUAAGGCAGAAAAAAGAAGAUUUUGUGAGCGGUUGGCUAAAUUCAGAGGCCCUGAUGGCUACUGCAGAAAUAUUGCCAAUUCUGUUUCAAUAAACCCUCCUAUGAUUGGUAGUUUAAAGUCCCAUGAUCAUCAUGUACUCAUCCAUAAUUUGUUACCUGCUGCAUUGAGAGGAUUGCUUCCAAGAGGACCUCGGGUGGCGGUAACUCGAUUAUGUAACUUCUUCAACAGAUUGUGCCAGCGUACCAUUGAUCCUGAGAAGCUGCUCUCAUUGGAUUAUGAGAUUAUGGAGACGAUGUGCCAACUGGAGCGGUACAUGAAGAUACUCAAGGCAUAUGUUAAAAAUUAUGCAAGGCCAGAAGCGUGUAUGGCUGAGGGAUACUUGGCUGGAGAAUGUAUAGCAUUCUGUUUGGAGUUCUUAAAAAAAUCAGUACCUGUUCAAGAAGCAGUAAACCGUAAUGAAGAUAUUGAGACAGAUGGACUUGUUGUCGAAGGACGAUCUCUACAGAAGGGCAGAGAGGUGACCCUUUCAGAUAGAGAGAGAGAGGUAGCACAUCGAUAUGUUUUCAUGAACUUGGCGAGUAUGGAUCCUUAUGUACAGAUGCAUUUAGAAGAAUUGCAAGCUAAGGAUGUUCGAUACGCUAGAAGUGAAACUGUUUUAUGGAAAUAUCAUACUGGCCAGUUUACAGAAUGGAUUAAAGAAAAGAUUCCUUCUAACUCGAAAGAUCAUUCGAAGAAGUUGAGGUGGUUAGCAUUUGGACCAAGAUACAUUGCACAAGCUCAUAAAGGUUGUGUUAUUAAUGGGCAUCGCUUUCACACUGAUGAUGUUAAGCGGAAGACUCAAAAUUCUGGAGUGACAUAUGAAGCUUUCAGCAUGUGUAGAUCUUCUGCACGCGAUAGUAGACAUAUGGCUGACAUAGUUACAUACUAUGGUGUGAUUAAGGAGAUAAUUCUUCUUGACUACCAUAUGUUCACAGUUCCAUUAUUCAAAUGCAAUUGGGCCAACAGAGGAUAUGGUGUGAAAGAAGAAGACGGAUUCACGCUCGUUAACCUUCAUAUGAACCAAACAGCAUACCUCUGA